GCGAUUUUUUUCACCAUUUAGACUCUUAUGAUAAAAAUUUCGUCUUACUCAGAUUUCGCUUUCGAUUUCGCUGCUGGCUACCGUGCGCAUUUCACUUGAAGAUCGUGACAGCUGCCACAAGCCCCCUCAUGUUUACAUAUUUUUUCAUAGUUCUCAGCUCUCCAGCUGCACUGAUACAAAGCGUAUAGUAAAUUCAACCAUGGUGCUGUAGUAAAAAUAACAAAUUCUAGUGUUGUCAAAAUAAAUACAAAGAUCGUUGAAAUAACAACAUUGUUUUUAAAAACACUAUGCUAACACGGUAUAUUUUACCGUGUACAUAGUAAAAACAACAACAUCUGCUCCUGGUUCACUUGACUGACAUUUUUCAUCAUUACACGUCAUCUUAACCGCCAGAACGUAUUAACGAUUUAAGUUCUUGUGUUAUUUUAAAUCUAAUGUAAAAAUGAAUGCGCAAAACGAAAACCAAAUGGUUAAAAUCCCUGUUGAUGGUAUAAUUGAGGAAGAAGAGCUAGCUGAUGGUUUGUAUGGCUAUGUUUUAGAAGACAUUUAUCGUAAAACCUUGUUUCUUCCUACAGCCUGUGAUGAAAACCCAGAGCUACGUAAACUGAUCGUCGAUAAUUGGCAAAUGGAUUCAUCAAUCUAUUCUAUUUUGAUCGGACAUGGUGUGACGGUGGAAUAUCUUGCACUCAUUGACGAAGUGGCCUUGGCAGAUAUUUUCUCAGUCGCGAAGUGGACAGGCCAUAAGCACGCUCUCAGGAGAAAGUUACAGCUGUGGGAAAAAAGUGCUAUGUUUCAGGUAGAUCCGGUGAUCAAAAAUUCACCCAUCGUUAGCAACCCUGGUCCAUCUCAAACACAAGUUCUCGCAUCAGCACCCCAAUAUCCUCUUCUGCCUACAUCAGUUACUCUGAAUCUUCUGGAGGACAUUCUCGGAAGGAACGAAAAAGGGAAGAUUGUGACACAGUUUUAUAAAACUCAUCAGCGACUAGACACUCAACAUAGGAAGUACUUGGCACACACCGUAGUCGACUAUUACAUUGCGAAUGGCAAUUAUUUCCCGAUACCAGAUAUGGCACGAUUUUCACAAUGCAUCGCAGAGAAAUUUCCACCAGAGCUACCAGAAGUGUACUUCAAUCCACGGAACGUAGCGAUAAACAAAAAGCAUCCAACUGGGAUUCUCUAUGAUCGGUUCCACAACCGGAACAAAAAGCAUCAGCUGCUAAGCAAACUGGAGCAGAAAAAUACCACCGUCGAUUAUUGGAAAAUCUUCAAGGCCAAGGCUUUGACUUUGACAAGUGAAGAAAUCAAAAAACAAAAUUCGUUUAAAUCAUGGCUCCGAAAUAAUCAACAACCCUCCGAAAAAGUAGUAGAUCAUUGGCGAGAAUCGUUUUUACUGCGCGUUAGAGAAAUUGUGGGAGAGACAGAUCCAGAUAAGGGGCAGCUGGUGGCUGAAUGGCCAAGAUUGGCUGAUGAAAACGGUUACCUACUGAUUGAUGCCGACUUCGAGGCUAUCUACCGAAACUCAACCGGGUCUUCUAUUUUCGAGGAAUGGGAUGGUUUUAUUCCUCGCUUUCUGGAAUACGUUCAACUGAAUGGCUUGAAGGAUGACUAUUCUCGUCAACUGCUGAUACAACUGGAGGAGGAAGUUGUCCCUAAAGAUACUCGUGACUUCAUUUGCUGUACUAUUUUUCAUGGUCUUGUUAAGCCCGUACGGACAUCAUUGCGAAAGUUACCAAGCAUCCUUCAAGCACAAACUGACAUGUGCUAUGCAUGUGCAACUUACGAAGAGUUUCUCGAAGCAGUGAGCUCAUUGCGUAACGAGCUUUUCUCGGAUAAAAUUCCUUUCACUCCUCGCAUAUAUGUUGUUGGUCAAGUUGGUGAGUUCACUGGAUUCUACGUAGUUACUUCAAAACUUCAGUACCAGCUGCCGACAUUCCUCCGGUGCGUCGAUCUAAUAGUUAAAAUUAAAUUUACCCUCAACUACGAAUUUCCCGAGAGCUGCGAGUUGUUUUGGUGUUUCAUCGCCAAACACUUCUACAAGCUUGAUUUCUCGCGUAAGGCGAAGAAUAGCCAACUGCUCCAGCUCUUUGCGCACUUGGGAAACAACUUGCCAUCAUGAAUUGUCAUCUGUGUCAAGCCUCUUACGAAUCAGUUCAACACAUUUUCGACCACCUGACAAUAUACCACAGUACUCCGACAGUCUUCAAGUACAUGUGCACAGCAUGUGUACCAUCAGCAUCGUUCCAGAACCUCCAUCGUUUUAAACGUCACGUCAACAUGAAACAUCUCGAUUUAUUCAAACCGGUCGCUGCUGAGCGAAAUCCCAAUCAAACAACAUCGAGUAUCGCUAACCACGAUCUGGUGGAACUCGAUAUCGAUAUGGAAGAGUGCCGUGAAAUGCCGCAUACAAACAAGGACCCUGAAAUACAGAAUAUGGGAGACCAAAAGAA